CAUUUUCCUGUUUACAUCUUCAGAAAGAAAAAGUUCAAUCUGUCUUCAAAUUUGAAAAGAGAGAUGUCAGGGUACAGAGCAGAAGAUGACUAUGAUUACCUCUUCAAGGUGGUUCUUAUAGGGGAUUCUGGUGUUGGCAAGUCCAACUUGCUUUCAAGAUUCACUAGGGAUGAGUUCAGUCUUGAGUCCAAAUCCACCAUUGGUGUUGAGUUUGCAACCAGAAGCUUGAACGUCGAUGGAAAGGUCAUCAAGGCUCAGAUUUGGGACACUGCUGGCCAAGAAAGGUACCGUGCAAUUACCAGCGCCUACUACCGCGGUGCAGUGGGUGCUUUGCUUGUUUACGAUGUGACGAUGCACCCGACAUUUGAAAAUGUUGAAAGUUGGUUAAGAGAGUUGAGGGAUCACACGGAUCCCAAUAUAGUUGUCAUGCUCGUUGGGAACAAGUCUGAUCUCCGACAUCUAGUGGCAGUCUCGACUGAGGAUGGAAAGUCUUUUGCUGAGAAGGAGUCACUCUACUUCAUGGAAACUUCUGCACUCGAAGCUACUAAUGUGGAAAAUGCUUUUUUUGAGGUUCUUACUCAGAUAUACCGUAUUGUGAGCAAGAAGGCAAUGGAGACAGGAGAGAAUGGAGCUGUAUCGAAUGUCCCUUCAAAGGGUGAGAAAAUCGAUGUGAACAAAGAUGUAUCUGCUACGAAGAGAGGUGGUUGCUGUUCGACGUAAACCCUGUGCUUUUUGCUUUACAUUGCAUGCAGUUGUUUGGAAGAAGUUUUAUUUAUUUGUAUUGCUUUCAUUUAGAUGGAAUAUUUUUUGCCGCCUUAAAUGUUAUGGAAUCAGAUGGGUGAAUAGAGGAGUAUUAUAGUUAUGUUGUGUUGUGUGCUCAUAUAGUAUAUUUUGUUAUGUUUAAAUACUUAUUUAUAAUAAAUAAAUUGUGGUUUUAUUUA